AUGGAGAUUGAGGGUUCGCUUACUGUGAAACCUCCGAAGCACAUAUUCGAAGAGGGGAUCUUAGAAUGGAGGUACGCUCUUGUUGGGCAAUUUAUAGGCUCAACUCCCAAUUUUGGGUUGUUGCAGAAGACGAUUGACCUGAUGUGGAACAAGGCUGCUCUGGUGAAGGUGAGCAUUACGGGAUCCAAUCUUUUUGUUUUUGCUUUUACUGGUUCGUAUGCCAGGGACUGGGUUUUAGAGAAUGGUCCCUGGCAUAUUCAACACAAGCCUCUUUUCCUUAGGAAGUGGGAGCCGAAUUUGAAGGAGCUGCACUUCGAUUUGGAUCGCAUGCCAAUUUGGUUUCAACUCUUCAAUGUCCCCUUGGAAUUAUUUUCAAAGAGCGGUUUAAGCUACAUUGCAAGUGCAAUUGGUAUGCCUCUUCACAUGGACUCUAUUACAGCUUCUAGGGAGAGAUUGGAGUUUGUUAGGGUUUGUAUAGAAAUUUCUGUAAAUUCUAAGAUUCCAGAUUACAUAGAUGUGUUGCUUUGCGAUGAUUCUAUUACCCGAAUUAAGGUUGUUGUUCCUUGGAGGCCUUCAUCUUGUGUGGAGUGUAAGAGAUUUGGGCAUUCUGUUAAAUUCUGCCCUCUGGGGAAGAAGCAAGAAUGGAGGGUAAAGCAAACAGUACAUGAAGCUAAACUAGAUGAUACUGUAAAUAAUAGUAUAGUUGAGGCUGAGAAGCAAAAUCCUAUAGUAGCUCCUGGAGGUAGCAUUCAGACUGAGCAUAUUGAUCCAUGUAAUUCUGAAGGUGUUGUUGAUACUUGUUUAGACAAGGCUCAAGCUGCUUCAGGGGAUGGAGCUAAAGAUGGCACUAAACAGAUCACUAAGGAGGGUCCUCCUGGUAGCAACCCCCCAUUGAAGCGUGGAAGAGGUAGGACAGGUAAAACUACUAUGGGGGGCUCCAAGAAUAAAUUUGAGAUUCUGGCCUCCAUUGAUCCUGAACAUUUGCAGCCGGUUGAGGACUCGGGUAAGAAGCAACGAGCAGUUUCGCUAAGGGUGGCUAAACUGGUCCAGGAUUUGAAAUUAAAGAAGAAGGAGCAGGUUGAGAAAGUUAUGAAGCUGGAGGAUAGAGGUUGUGCCUCUUCUUCCCUAAAUCUCUUUUGUUAA